CCGGUCCAGACCGUCGCCGACACGGAAGCAUCGUGGUCUACUAUGUCUGGAGGAUCCAUCGGUGGUGGCGUCGGGCGAGGCGAGGGAAUGGCGGCGGAGUCACCCGACGGGGCCUGCCACGGGGAUCGGAGCGGUGGAGGUGACGGCGAUCUGCGGCGCAACCCGAAGCCCUCGACCUACAAAGGGAAGUCGUGCAAGGGAUGCCUCUACUAUUCCUCGCGGCUCAGAUCUGACUCCAGUAACCCCGUUUGCGUCGGCAUCAGCCGGACUCUCCCCCAAGUACCAAGCUACAUCAUUGGAGAAUCUGAAAUGGAAACUACAAAAGAUGGUCAUAACCUGUCAGAUUUCAAGUAUGCCUGUGUUGGUUAUUCAGUUUUUCUUGAUAAGAGAGAUGACCCUGUUGGAAAGCCAGAGAACCAAGCAGAGUUGCCGUUUUGUGCAGGCAUAGAGCUAUUGGUGGACAGGAGAGCUUCAACUGCUGGUCAUGUUCCUGCAAAUGUUCACAAGGAAGAUGCUACGCUUCGUUCUCAACCACAUCCACACCGACCAGCUCAAUCUUCAGGGGACGAAUUCUUCAGCAGGUUUAGAAAGAAUGCUGGAGUAGUGGCAUCAGGGGUGGCCAGAAACCUGAACAAAGUGGGCAGUUACAUCAAAGAAAACAUCGAGGACAUAUUGUAUCCUUAUCGAAGGCCACCCAAGUAAAACCUUUACCCUAACCAACAGUUGAGCUCAACGGAGCGGUAGCAAGCAAAGACAGUGGGUUCGGAUCUCCCAUGUUUCUUUCCUUUCUGUGCUGUAUAAGUUUGAAUGCCAUCACUUGUUAUGAGAAUAAAUCUGUUGUAAGAAUCUAUGUGCUUGGAUGCUGCAUGUUGGCUUUGUAGCAACAUUCCUUUCUUUUAAAUUUCUUUGAAAUAUUGUGGCAUUUUCUUUUGUUGGCUUAAUGUAAUUCCUCUGGUUGUACAUUUAGUCAUGUCAUCUGCCAAUAAAAUUGGUGUUUGUUUGUGUUUGACCA